AUGGCGGACGAUGUCGAUCUUCGACAGGAAAUCUUGCAGAAAACGCUUGCAGAGGUAGCUCAUGAGGACGCUGCGACGGCCAACCCGUGUGUGAUUUGCCUGGAAUCUAUCAGUGAAGCAGGCAUCGCUGUGCCCUGCAACCAUGCAAAUUUCGAUUUUCUUUGCCUGGCUAGCUGGCUGGAGCAGCGACGUAUUUGUCCGCUGUGCAAGAGUGACGUGACGGCAGUCAAGUACCGUCUUGAUGAUCCCCACGGCCCCAAGCUAUAUCAUCUACCACCAUUGGCGUCGGCGAGUACAGGGAUCGUCGCGGCUCAUCCCCAUGUUGCUCGUCCCCAGAUACGUCGGCCACCUCGCCGUCCCCGACCGGUUGAGCCAGCGCAACCGAACGACCCGUUACUACGGCGCCGCCAUAUCUAUCGCCACCAGCUCUACUCCCUGCGAGUCGGCUCGAACCGCCUUUCGCGGUACCGCGAACUGAUACCGGAGAUGUUCAACCGGGACGAGGAACUGGUUUCACGUGCCAGGAAGUGGAUACGUCGUGAACUGGGGGUGUUUUCGUUUCUGAGCCCGGAGGCGGAGGAGGGGGCAUCGUCGGAUGGACGGCCCCGUGCCGGCGUUCAGAGACUGGAGAACCGUCGAUCAAACAAUGCAGAGUUCCUUCUGGAGUAUAUCAUCGCCAUCCUGCGCACGGUCGAUAUGAAGGGCAGCGCCGGGCAGGCCGAGGAGCUCCUCCGCGAUUUCCUGGGACGGGACAAUGCCCGGUUAUUCCUGCACGAGCUGCAGGCCUGGCUACGCAGCCCGUAUAACUCGCUGGAAGACUGGGACCGGCAUGUUCAGUACGGGACUCCAGAUACACCCCCCCCUCAAGUUCCCGCUGGAGACCGCACCGCGACUCCUGUACACAGACAGGAGAGCAGACCGCUGUCAGGCAGGGUGACCAAACCGUCCCGUCCUCCCGACAGACGACAGCAUCGUAGUCGAUCCCAAGAGGCGCGAGUGCGUGAGAGGAGACUACAGUUUGCCCGUGAACGGUAUCAGCCUGAUUGA